AUGACCUUGGAUGCCUAUAAUAACUAUCUGGAAGAAGUAGAAGACAUCACCUUCAAUUUGAUCAAUGGAGUUGAUGUAGCGGAGACUGAGGCCAAGAUCAAGCAAUUUCAAAUCGAGAAUCAGGAACUGAUAGCUCAGAAUGCUGUCCACGAAGCCCGUCAAGCUGAGCUGAGCAAACGACAAGAGGAAGCGGUCAGGAAGGAGCGCGAGGAGCGGACCGAGCUAUUGAGGCUCGAAGAAGAAGCGCGACGCGAAGAAGAAGAGAUCAAACGGGCAACGAUCCACAGUUUGGAGACCUCGAACGUAAGCGCCGAGAAGCUUGUGGCGAGACAACGGGCAGUUGCACAAAAGCGAGCGACCGCCCCAGCAUUAGCCUCAGACCUAGCGACGAAGGCGACGGUGGCGAUGCCAUCGUUGAGCGGGUUGAUCGAUCCAAGCUCGAUGGAGUCCGGGGACAUCGAUCAUGAUUCGAUGAGACUCGUCUUGGCCGACCAUGCCCUGGCCUUGGUCGGCGGCUUCGAGAUCGAGUCCGUCUGGGAACCCAGCUUCGUAGCGCCAUGA